AUGUCACAAGAGCAGUAUGAUCCCUACAUGUACGAUGCUGACUCGCAAAGCAUCACCCCAGAGGACUGUUGGGCUGUGAUCUCAUCCUUUUUCCAAGAAAAGGGUUUGGUAUCACAACAAUUGGACUCAUUUGACGAAUUCAUUGAAUCAACGAUACAAGAAUUAAUUUGGGAAGAUUCACAUUUAAUUUUAGAUCAACCAGCUCAACACACAUCUGAGAAGGAUAACAAGAACAAGAGAUAUGAGAUUACGUUUGGUAAAAUGUACAUUUCCAAACCAAGUCAAACUGAAGGCGAUGGUACCACCCAUCUCAUGUUCCCACAAGAGGCUAGACUACGUAACCUCACGUACUCGGCUCCCUUGUAUGUUGACAUGUCAAAGAAGGUUUUUGAAUCGGAUGACAAUGAUAGAAAGGAUAAUGAACUUGACUGGAAAGAGCAGAUUGUGCAAGGUGAAGAUAGUCAUAGUCAAGUGUAUAUGGGAAAAGUGCCCAUUAUGGUGAGAUCCAAGUUUUGUAUGUUGAGAGAUUUGGGUGAACACGAAAUGUAUGAAUUAAAGGAAUGUCCUUACGAUAUGGGAGGUUACUUUGUUAUCAACGGUUCAGAAAAGGUGUUGAUUGCACAGGAGAGAAGUGCGGCAAACAUUGUUCAAGUCUUUAAGAAAGCGGCGCCAUCUCCAAUAUCACACGUGGCGGAAAUCAGAUCAGCCAUUGAAAAAGGGUCAAGGUUGAUCUCGUCGAUGCAAAUUAAGCUUUAUGGACGUGACGAAAAGGGCCUGUCAGCAAGAACAAUCAAGGCGACGUUACCCUACAUCAAGGAGGAUAUUCCCAUCGUGAUUGUAUUUAGAGCACUUGGUGUUGUUCCCGAUGGUGAUAUCUUGGAACAUAUAUGUUACGACGCAAACGAUUGGCAAAUGUUGGAAAUGUUGAAGCCAUGUGUUGAGGAAGGUUUCGUUAUUCAAGAACGUGAAGUGGCACUUGAUUUCAUUGGUAGAAGAGGUGUCUUGGGUAUAAGGAGAGAAAAACGUAUACAAUAUGCCAAAGAUAUUUUGCAAAAGGAGUUGUUGCCCAACAUCACGCAAGAGGAAGGUUUUGAAACGAGAAAGGCGUUCUUCCUCGGUUACAUGGUAAACAGAUUAUUACUUUGUGCAUUGGAAAGAAAAGAACCCGAUGAUAGAGAUCAUUUUGGUAAAAAGAGGCUAGAUUUAGCAGGUCCUUUAUUAGCCAAUUUAUUCCGUAUCUUGUUUAAAAAAUUGACAAAGGAUAUCUACAACUAUAUGCAAAGAUGUGUUGAGAAUGAUAAAGAGUUUAACUUGACCUUGGCAGUCAAGUCGCAGACCAUCACUGACGGGUUGAGAUACUCGUUGGCUACUGGUAACUGGGGUGAACAGAAGAAGGCAAUGAGUUCAAGAGCCGGUGUGUCGCAAGUCUUGAAUCGGUACACCUAUUCUUCAACCUUGUCGCAUUUGAGAAGAACAAACACUCCUAUUGGAAGAGAUGGUAAAAUCGCCAAACCAAGACAGUUGCACAAUACCCAUUGGGGAUUGGUGUGUCCUGCCGAAACCCCCGAAGGUCAAGCGUGUGGUUUAGUCAAGAACUUGUCCUUGAUGACGUGCAUCUCUGUCGGUACCCCAUCAGAACCAAUCUUGUCAUUUUUAAGAGAUUGGGGUUUGGAACAGUUGGAAGAUUAUGUUCCAUCAAACUCGCCGGAUGCAACGAGAGUGUUUGUCAAUGGUGUUUGGGUUGGUGUGCAUAGAGAACCUGCAUCGUUGGUUGACUACAUGCGUGAUCUUAGAAGAAAUGGUGACAUUUCACCCGAGGUGUCUAUCAUUAGAGAUAUCAGAGAAAAAGAGUUUAAAAUAUUUACUGAUGCUGGUAGAGUUUACCGUCCAUUGUUUAUUGUUGAUGACAAGCCAGAUUCUGAAACUAAAGGAGACUUAAAAUUACGAAAGGAACAUGUCAAUCAAUUAAUGGAGUCAUCGUAUGAUGGAUUAGACGAUGAACCUUCCUACACGUGGUCUUCGUUGGUAAGGGAAGGUAUAGUCGAAUACGUUGAUGCCGAAGAAGAGGAAACAAUCAUGAUUGCCAUGACCCCCGAUGAUCUAGAGGCAUCAAAGAGUAAUUUAACUGAAACUCAGCAACAAGAUUUACAAAUGGAGGAGCAAGAACUAGACCCGGCAAAGAGAAUCAAGCCAACAGGUAGUAGUAAUACACAUACAUUUACCCAUUGUGAGAUCCAUCCUUCCAUGAUUCUUGGAGUUGCCGCAUCCAUUAUUCCAUUCCCCGAUCAUAAUCAAUCGCCACGUAACACCUAUCAAUCUGCUAUGGGUAAACAAGCUAUGGGUGUGUUUUUGACCAAUUAUGCCGUGAGAAUGGAUACGAUGGCAAACAUCUUGUACUACCCACAGAAGCCUUUAGCCACCACGAGAGCAAUGGAGCAUUUGAAAUUCCGCGAGUUGCCAGCCGGUCAAAACGCCAUUGUUGCCAUUGCCUGUUACUCAGGUUACAACCAAGAAGAUUCUAUGAUUAUGAAUCAAUCAUCUAUAGAUCGAGGAUUAUUCCGGUCAUUGUUUUUCCGAUCCUACAUGGACUUGGAAAAACGUCAAGGUAUGAAGGCUUUAGAGACAUUUGAAAAACCAUCGAGGUCAGAUACGUUAAGAUUGAAGCAUGGUACAUAUGAGAAAUUAGACGACGAUGGGUUGAUUGCCCCUGGUGUUCGUGUCAGUGGUGAGGAUAUAAUUAUUGGUAAAACUACGCCAAUUCCUCCCGACGCCGAAGAAUUGGGCCAGAGGACUCAAUACCACACCAAGAGAGAUGCUUCUACGCCAUUAAGAAGUACUGAGUCUGGUAUUGUGGAUCAAGUGUUGUUGACAACCAAUGGUGAUGGUGCCAAAUUUGUCAAGGUGAGAAUGAGAACCACAAAAGUUCCUCAAAUUGGGGACAAGUUUGCAUCGAGACACGGUCAAAAAGGUACGAUUGGUGUUACUUAUAGACAUGAAGAUAUGCCUUUUACAGCUGAAGGUGUUGUUCCGGAUUUGAUUAUCAAUCCACACGCCAUCCCCUCUCGUAUGACGGUUGCGCAUUUGAUUGAAUGUUUGUUAUCCAAAGUCUCUUCAUUAUCGGGUCUAGAGGGUGAUGCAUCGCCAUUUACGGAUGUUACUGCAGAAGCAAUCUCCAAGUUGUUACGAGAACAUGGUUACCAAUCGAGAGGUUUUGAAGUUAUGUACAAUGGACACACAGGUAAGAAGCUCAUGGCACAAGUCUUUUUCGGACCUACUUAUUACCAGAGGUUGAGACACAUGGUUGAUGAUAAGAUCCACGCUAGAGCAAGAGGUCCGGUUCAAGUCUUGACUAGACAGCCAGUGGAAGGUAGAUCAAGAGAUGGUGGUUUGCGUUUCGGAGAAAUGGAGAGAGAUUGUAUGAUUGCCCACGGUGCUGCUGGUUUCCUUAAAGAAAGAUUGAUGGAGGCAUCGGAUGCAUUUAGAGUACAUGUGUGUGGUAGCUGUGGGUUGAUGACGGUGAUUGCUAAUUUGAAGAAGAACCAGUUUGAGUGUCGUUCUUGUAAGAACAAGACAAACAUUUAUCAAAUCCAUAUUCCAUAUGCUGCUAAAUUGUUAUUCCAGGAGCUUAUGGCUAUGAAUAUAACCCCAAGAUUGUAUACUGAAAGUUCGGGGGCUAGUAUUCGCGUGUAA